GCAUAGGAGUGACGGAGGAAAACUAGAGCAACGGUGAAUCGGAGAUACAGCAAGCCUUUGAGUUCCAUUUCUUGCAGCGGAGAAAGGCACCCCACCUGAACCACACGGAAAAGACCAAAAUGAGCGCAUAUACCUAGAGCGUAUUUUGGCGUCUCCUUUCAUUUACCAAGAGCGUUAAUGGGACAUCAAACCUUUGUAAUGUCCUUAUUACAGUAAUCACGUUUGCCAGUAAAAACAAUUAGAUUUUGCUUGUUAGCUAACCAGCUAACUGUACGUCGGUAUAACCAGCCAGUUAUAGCGGUUGCAGGAUUUAGCAACCCUUAGGUAAGGUACGCAUAGACUACAAUAGCAUCGCAUGAGCGGUAGUCGCGUAAACUAGUCGUUAAUUACGUCUGAAUAUCAGUUUGUAGGGCUCAGAGCGAAGGAUUAGGGAGCCGGGGAAACAAGGAGAAGGUGGGGCCGAAGAGAGUCAAACGGACUAAGCGCUCGCUGGCUGGCUUGGUCCUCAUCUGAGGCAUUCGCGGACGGUUUGGGAAAAAUAUUCCGCCCAUAGGAAUUUUGGAAGCUUUCGGAACGAUUGUUCGGAGAUACCUUCGUCGCCCACGGGAAGAUCAGAAGUUGCAACAUCAGACAAUUUUUAUUGUGGUCGGUGUCUUGCCCUGAUACAGCCAACCGUUGUGUUAGGAUUUGGGGGAAUAUUUUCCCCAGUCUUGUUGGACCAUGGCCGACGACGACGUUCUCUUUGAAGAUGUGUACGAGCUGUGCGAGGUCAUUGGAAAGGGGCCGUUCAGUGUGGUACGGCGAUGCAUCAACAGAGAGACAGGACAACAGUUUGCGGUGAAGAUCGUGGACGUGGCAAAAUUCACUUCCAGUCCCGGCCUCAGCACAGAAGAUCUCAAAAGAGAAGCCAGUAUCUGUCACAUGCUCAAGCACCCUCACAUUGUGGAGCUGCUGGAAACCUACAGUUCAGAUGGCAUGCUCUACAUGGUCUUCGAGUUUAUGGAUGGAGCUGACCUGUGUUUCGAAAUCGUUAAAAGAGCAGAUGCUGGCUUUGUCUACAGUGAAGCUGUCGCCAGUCACUACAUGAGACAGAUCCUUGAGGCGCUGCGCUAUUGCCAUGACAACAACGUCAUUCAUCGAGAUGUAAAGCCCCACUGUGUGUUACUGGCAUCAAAGGAGAAUUCUGCGCCUGUUAAACUGGGAGGUUUCGGGGUGGCCAUACAGCUUGGAGAAUCUGGACUGGUAGCAGGAGGGAGAGUGGGCACCCCACACUUCAUGGCCCCGGAGGUGGUGAAACGUGAGCCCUACGGUAAGCCGGUAGACGUGUGGGGCUGUGGGGUCAUCCUAUUCAUCCUGCUCAGUGGAUGCCUGCCCUUCUACGGCACCAAGGAGAGGCUCUUCGAAGGCAUCAUUAAAGGGAAAUACAAGGUAAUGAACCCGCGCCAGUGGAGCCACAUCUCCGAGAGCGCCAAAGACCUGGUCCGUCGCAUGCUGAUGCUGGACCCCGCAGAGAGGAUCACCGUCUACGAGGCCCUCAACCACCCCUGGCUGAAGGAGAGGGACCGCUAUGCCUACAAGAUUCACCUUCCUGAGACAGUUGAACAGCUGAGGAAGUUCAAUGCCCGGAGGAAGCUAAAGGGGGCAGUGCUGGCAGCAGUGUCCAGCCACAAGUUCAACUCCUUUUACGGGGACCCGCCAGAGGAGCUGCCUGAUUUCUCUGAAGACCCCACUUCCUCAGGACUACUUGCUGCAGAGAGAGCCGUAUCCCAGGUGCUGGACAGUCUGGAGGAGAUCCACGCCCUGACGGACUGCAGUGAGAAAGACCUGGACUUCCUGCACAGUGUCUUUCAGGACCAACACCUCCACACACUACUGGACCUGUACGACAAGAUCAACACCAAGUCUUCUCCGCAGAUCAGGAACCCACCGAGUGACGCAGUCCAGAGAGCCAAAGAGUCCUCUGAAGACGAAGCAGGCACGGCUUUGACUCGUCUGGAAUGUGUACUGGAAGAGAUCUCCUGCUACCCAGAAAAUGGCGAUGCCAAGGAGCUGAGAAGGAUCCUCACUCAGCCACAUUUUAUGGCCCUGCUUCAGACCCAUGACGUGGUGGCCCACGAGGUGUACAGUGACGAGGCCCUGAGGGUCACUCCUCCCCCCACCUCGCCGUACCUGAACGGAGACUCACCUGAGAGCACCAACGGAGACAUGGACCUGGAGAACGUCACACGUGUGCGCCUCGUCCAGUUUCAGAAGAACACCGACGAGCCCAUGGGCAUCACGCUGAAGAUGAACGACCUCAACCACUGCAUCGUGGCAAGAAUAAUGCAUGGAGGCAUGAUCCACAGACAAGGAACGUUGCAUGUCGGAGACGAGAUCCGUGAAAUCAAUGGCAUCAGUGUGGCCAACCAGACGGUGGAGCAGCUGCAGAAGAUGCUGAGGGAAAUGAGGGGGAGCAUCACCUUUAAGAUUGUGCCAAGCUACCGUACACAGUCAUCGUCCUGCGAGAGAGAGUCCCCCUCCACCUCCCGACAGUCCCCAGCCAAUGGCCACGCCAGCGUAAACAGUUCUAUCUUGGACCUGCCGUCAACCAUCCAGGCCAAAGGACGCCAGAUUACCGCCAGACCACCCCCUGCAAUCAAGGUUGAUAAAAUGUCUGUCAAGAUCUACGUGCGGGCGCAGUUCGAGUACGACCCGUCCAAGGACGAGCUCAUCCCCUGCAAGGAGGCCGGCAUUCGCUUCCGAGUGGGUGACAUCAUCCAGAUCAUCAGCAAGGACGACCACAACUGGUGGCAGGGUCGCCUGGAGAACACCAAGAACGGCACGGCCGGCCUCAUACCCUCGCCCGAGCUGCAGGAGUGGCGAGUUGCUUGUAUAGCGAUGGAGAAGACCAAGCAGGAGCAGCAGGCCAGCUGUACCUGGUUUGGCAAGAAGAAGAAGCAGUACAAAGACAAGUACUUAGCAAAGCACAACGCAGUAUUUGAUCAACUAGAUCUCGUCACAUAUGAAGAGGUGGUCAAGCUGCCCGCCUUCAAGAGGAAAACGCUAGUCUUGUUAGGAGCCCAUGGCGUAGGCAGACGACACAUUAAAAACACGCUUAUCACCAAACACCCCGACAGAUUCGCCUACCCUAUUCCACACACAACCAGACCUCCAAAGAAGGACGAGGAGAAUGGUAAGAACUACUUCUUUGUAUCGCACGACCAAAUGAUGCAGGACAUCUCCAACAACGAGUACCUGGAGUACGGCAGUCACGAGGACGCCAUGUACGGCACGCGCCUGGAGACGAUACGCAAGAUCCACGAGCAAUGCAACAUCGCCAUCCUGGACGUGGAGCCUCAGGCCCUGAAGGUCUUGCGCACAGCGGAGUUUGCACCCUAUGUGGUCUUCAUCGCUGCCCCAACUAUCACACCCGGCAUGAACGAGGAUGAGUCGUUGCAGCGGCUGCAGAAGGAGUCGGAGAUCCUGCAGAAGACGUACGCGCACUACUUCGACCUGACCAUCAUCAACAACGAGAUCGACGAGACCAUCAGACACCUGGAGGAAGCCAUCGACCUGGUGUCCACCACCGCCCAAUGGGUGCCCGUCUCCUGGGUCUACUAGAGCACACAGGCACACACGCAGACACACACACACACACACACACACACACACACACAGAUGCACACACACAUAUGUCCCCCAGUGCCCUGAUCUAUCCUUCAUCCCUAAGUCCCAGUGCCCCCCCUCUCUGACCCCCCUUCUUUGCAAUGCAUCUCUUCAAAUAUUCAUCAUUCCCUGGAGAAAAAAGAAGAAAAGAAAAGCGCACCUCUGACGCUCUGACCACCUCAGUGUCCAUGACCUGCAGUCAGUCUCGGCCCCCUUACAGACUACCUAGACGUAGUGUUGUAUUUAAAAAGAGAUAAAAACACAUAAAAAUAAAUAAUUGAAUUAAAUAUUGUCAUGUCCUUAUAGCUAGGAGGCAACAUUUUGUAGACUUUUAUUUUAAAGAGACAGUAUCUAAAAAUGCCCCCCCCCCCACAAUCCUGUUCAUGUCGCCAGUUAUCAUGGUAGUGGUGUAGUGUAGUGUUUUUAUUUUUGUGUUUACUUUGCAAUCUAGUAAUGCUUUCGCCCAUCUGUGUCCUAGACACCGCUGGAUCGAGCACUACUCUGUAAAACUGAGGAAAAGCACACAAACGAACCACGGUGUCAUUAGUGUCGCCCACGCCAUUGCCUCCUCACUGGCAAACCCACACGCCCCCAAACUUCUGAUCUAUUCGAGGCUUCCCUGCAUUUUUAAGCCUUGCCGUAGCACACUUGCAUUUGUGAUCAAUUCCCAAAGGAUCUCUUCUGCCUUAUGGUGCAUCAUCAAACACACAAUCACACAAGCUCUUCUCGCUCAACAGCAGUACAAGCUCCUAUUGUGUCUCAGCAGCAGUUCUGUGGUCCCCCCAAGAUACUGUCUCUCUAAAUGAAUACAUAAAUGUGUUAGAGAUUUGAAUGAGGUCUUCUGCAUGUGAACAUUCGCAAAAAGCUCCCAUGCUCUCUCUCUCUCUCUCUCUCUCUCUCUCUCUCUCUCUCUCUCUCUGACUCUGUCUCUCUCUCUCUCUCUGACUCUGUCCCUCUCUCUCUCUCUCUCUCUCUCUCUCUCUCAGUGUUAGCUGUCUAUCUGCUGUCUGUCAGAGCAGAGAACAUUCCAUUCGUCUGACUUUGAAAAAAAAAAAAAAAAACUCAAAUCAAGGGAAGCCGGACAAGAAAAGAAAGAAAGAAAGGAAAAAAAACAAAAGUAAGAAUAAAAGGUAACAAAAAAUAAUAAAAUCAUUCAAAAAAGAGAAGAAAAUUACACCUAUGCACAUCCCAUGCAUUUCGGGGCGACUUUCUGAACCGAAUGAUUUUUAUCAACCAUGUAGUGAGAUGUGUUUGUAAAUUGUCUCAAUUUGAUUUAUUGUAAGGUACAUAAGGGGGAUUUAAAAAAAAAUAAUACUAACUCUAUUCCAGAUUUGCCAUUUCAGUGAGGAAAAGCAGUUGUUGUCUGAGAGUAUUAUUGUUCUUAUUAAGUUGAAAUCAAAAGGAAAAUAAUGCUGAUUUUUAUUAUUCUCUGUGUCAUUGUUUCAAAAAAAGUGAGGUGAAAAAAAAGAGGUGCACAACGUUUUGCAAAAAAAGGAGAGAAAGUGAAUUAAGUUGCAAAACACCAGAAAAUAAAAAAGUGGUUUGUGCAUCCAAAUAAUAACCAUGUAUAUGACAAACUGUUUACUUUCAAACUGCCCUGUGUAAAUUCCUCUGCUGAUGACAUAGCAGUUCUUCAGUAUGAACAGUUUUUUAAAUAUAUUUCCUUUUAUGUGUUGAAAACCUG